GCGGUGUGAUAAGAACUUAUCAAUACCUUGCUAGUUAUACUGGAAAUAUGUAUGUGUUUCUGGUUUUGUUGUCUGUUGUGUUCAGUAUCAAUGCCCAGAGCUGUCAUUUUGGGAACGACUGUCCCAAGACAGCAACGUGCUGUAGGAAUAUGGCCGGUCAGCCGUUACUGCAUUCGGAAGGUUUUGGACAUUUUGGCGGAGAGUUAAUAAUGGACCGUUCAGGGCAGUGUACGUCACAGUUGUCACGUGAACACGAAGCAUGUGACUCACAUUACUGUAAAUGUGAACCAGGCUACGAGUGUUAUACACCGAUGUCUGGGGUGUGCUGCCCACAGGCUCGCUGUUACAAUGCCACCUGGGUGAAGCAACAGAGGGAGUACUGGCAUAACUGUUUUUCAAACCCUAACUGUGCUAUUCCACCUUAAGUGAAGACGCAGUUUACCAUUAUUUCCAUUUUUCCACACAUUAAAUAUGCACCUCUACUAA